AUUUGGAAUCUGGUUGAGUACAUGUACUCAGACCCAAGCCUGAUGUGCUUGGUGGUGUAUCCUGAAAAUUUGGAGAUCCAGGAGAACUCUGUCACCAAGGACGUGCAAAUGAAUGUCAUUGGGUGGCUGAUGGCAGCUCCUCAAGUGAACCCAGAGAUCACUGGGCUAAAGUACAGCAAGAUGAGUGCCUUGGAGAAGCUGUGCCUUGAGUUGAAGGCUGCAGUCACCAUCAGAAAAGAGCAAAGCUGCAACAAGUCAUCCAAGUACUUUGUCAAGAAGGUUUAUGUUGAAGGCAACCUCCUGCACUGCUCUCAGGAGAACAGUGGGACUCAUGACCGCCUCCAAGACCCACAGAGGAUUGGAAGGCAUAAAUUCAAUCUUGGAUAACUAGACAUUUAAAACUGGUGACUCCACUUGUCAGAUUGUAGGUGGGAAAGUUUUAGGGUUGAUUGAUGGGAACAUUGUU